AGAUACUUCCCAUCUUCCCCCGACUUCAGCAUCCCCCCUCCCCCUCCCCCCCGUAUUUAGAGCCACUCUCCAGUCCCGUACGCCUUGACUAGCACCACAUUCUUUUAGACUCCAGAUACCAUGGCCUCCAGUUUCAAAGGCCUGCGCGGCCUCCUCGCCCUAGCCGUAGCCCUGGCCUCUACCCACUACACUCUGGCACAGAGCAGCAAUUCUGUGGUGAUUGACACCAUCUACUCGACGAUCUACUCGCACAAGACUCCCGGAGGCAUUGACCCUGGCCUUCUAGUCAAGACUUCACCCAAGAUCGCCUUUGUUCCAGGCAAUGCGGUCACAGAGUCCGUCAACAGUACUGAUGGCGGCACAACCCCUACCGUCGUUGGAGUCAACAUCGCAAGCAACAGGAACUUGCAGACCAUGACCGGCGGAGGCUGUGGUGUGACCGACAGUGCCGCCAUUGCGCUACAAGACUUGAAGGCCAGAGACGCGGAGAUCUACGACGAGAUCAUGGACCUCCUCUUCUCUCAAGACGAUGCCGUCAUCGAGAAGGGUGGUGUCGCCCUCAGCAACAUCCGAUCUCCGUUGGGCGCGUCCGACUUCGCCGGAGUUCUCUACUCCUACUCGGACACUACCGACUGCUCGCCUGAUACUGACUUGAAGCUAUUCGACAUUGAUAAAGCAGUCAAGAUGUGGGCCACGCACAAGGACGCUCUUGCACGCAAUCCCAACAUCGACCACUUCUUCGCUCCUUGGUCGCCACCUGCCUGGAUGAAGAAGCCCAAGGAUGGGGAGAGGUGCAGCAUGAUCGGCGGAAGUCUCAAGCCCGAAUAUUAUGGCGUGUUUGCCCAGUACCUGACCAAGUCAAUGGUCGCGAUCAAGGAGAAACUUGGCAAGACUCCCUAUGCCCUCUCGAUCCAGAAUGAACCGCAGUACCUGCCUCCCAACUACCCCGGCAACAAGCUUACUCCUGCUCAAGCUGCCGAAAUCGGUGAUCUGACCCGAGCUGCAUUGGACAAGGCUGGUCUGGACUCCGUCGGCCUUACCGCCUUCGACCACAACUGGGACGGAUACCAGUGGCCCAUCGACCUUCUCGACAACUCGACGUCCUACAACAGUAUCUCUUGGCACUGCUACGGAGGCCAGCCUUCAAGUCAAUUAUUAGUUAGUAACGCCUACCCAGAUUUGCCGGUUUUCAUGACUGAGUGCACUGUUAUUACUCAGUACAACUCUGAGCUCUGGAAGAAUCUACGAACGCAAGCCAUCAGGAUGCUCAUUGGUACCAUCCAGUACGGCUCGAGCAAGUCGAUCUUCUGGAACUGCGCCCUGGUCACCGACGACGAUGGAUUCACCACCCCCACCCUGCCCAACGUCUGCACAAACUGCAACGCCCCCAUUGUCAUCUACAAUUCCGGUGCUGGACCGGCACCUGCCAAUGGAGGCCAGCAGCUUUCUCACACCAGUACGCCUUCCACCAAGCGCGCGAUCCCCGAGAACCCCCACCAGCGAGACGGCACCGUUGCUCGUCCCUUCUCCAGUGUGUCCCGUCGUCAGAACAACAACGACGGCAAGCCCUACUACAAGCUCACUUCUGACUACGUCACCCUGAUGCACUUUGACCGUGCUACUCGUCCCAGGUCUGGCUCGGAGAAGAAUGCUAUCCGCACGGGUGUCACGACCUCUGAGCAGAAGAACAACAACGAGGAUGGCGAGCGCGUACGAGUCUCUGCUUUCAAGACUCCACUCGCAGGAAACAAGCACCGUUACUCUUUGAUUGUCCUCCAGAAGAACGACCAUGAGCUUACUGGCAAGUAUGAGAACGUCACCCUCCAGAUUGGAUUCGAGAACAUGGUCGCCAACGUCACGCUGCCCUGCGGCCUGCACACUCUGACGUGGGUGGCCUAGUUGCGCGAAACAUCCUCUCUACCAUUUUACUCGUGCCCUCUCUCGCUCCGACGAUAAGUGUUCGUAUCAGUGUUUAUUCAGCCCAAGCUCUGGCCGUACUCAUCUGGUGCGGUCCUAUAUUUGAAUCAUAUAUCCUUGUCCCUCCUUCGCCAGCUCGUCGUACUUUGCUGCUCGUCGGAAGUGACCACUCUUUCCCCUGACUGCCGCUCAGACUCCAAACGACAC